GCCAUGAGUGCAGUGGAGUGCAGCAUGGCGGACAAAGGAAUGGAUCGCUGCGCCAACCCACACAAAAGAAGCGCCAGGCAGGACGAAAUCAGCAGCCAAUACCCGUGCAUGGCGGCGCAGCCUAGUGGGUCGCGCGAUGCCGCAUCGAGCGUAGUCCGUUCUUACCAGUUUCUANGCGUGGAAGGUGCUGAAUCCGUUAGCGCCUGCCAAAGAGGGAGGAGUACCUUCCUCCCGUGCCCUCGUCCUGCAAGAGCGCACCACAUCACCUCACACACCCGUCCGGCCUCGUCUGGUCCUCCCUUCUUUUUCGAUUUCCCUCUUGCCCACUCGCUGCAAAACCCCGCCCGCGGCUCGUCGAUCACGCACCAAACGANNCCACUUACAUCUCNNCAAUCCUCCUGGACGCUGGUUACUCGCUCUUUCAAUUCUUUCGCACAAAAGACGACGAUACAAGGCCCGUCGCUCGCUCUUUCCCCGGACUCAAUCUUCAACNCCUCAGCUCUUCUUACGGCCGGCCUACUGGUUUUACUGAAAAUCGACGCCAUACUUUAUCAUCUGUCUCUCGNNUUGUCGCCUGUUACUGCAAUCACACUCCGAUAUACUCCUGCAGCUGCCCGUCACCAAAGAAAUUCCCCUCCGACGUCAGACACGACAAGCAGCGACAGCUUUAGAAACCNNCGCGACAACACCUUGCUUCUGGUUCAUGUUUCGCCCUUGACCCACCGCAGCACAAGACAAGCCAGAGACUCGUGGGAGAUUGACUCUUCCACUCCAAUUUCCAAGCUGGCGCCUAUAUUUGAGCACCAGCGUGCCUCUGUCGGCACCCUGACCACAGACUCUACCCACAGCAACCCGCCUGCUGGAACCCGUCGCAAGAGCAGCAACGGCUUCUGGGGCAGCGUUAUGAGCUCGCGCAAACCCUCACACUUCCAAACCGAUUCUGCUCACUCUGCAAAGAUUGCCAUCUACUCAUCCACCGCCGACUGUGACGCCGACGACGAAGCCACAAUGUCCGCCGAAGAGGCACCACAGCAACAACGCCCUGCCAGCACUCACAUGGCUGCAUCUGCUCCCGCAUCUGCAACAUUGUUGACACGGCCAAUGUCUUCGGAAUCUGCACCUUUCUGCCCAAGGAGACCGAACCUCCGCGAGAUUCUCGCAAACACAGCACCUGCACCUUGGACCCUCGCCGCCUUCAUGGCCUACCUCUCCAACAACCACUGCCUGGAAACACUGGAAUUCACCAUGGAUGCAGGACGUUACAAGAAGCAUUUCUACAGAAUGAUGAACAAGGCUCCUAUCCCUGGCCAACCAACGGAACACGAUGCAACCUACGUCAAGGAACUAUGGAUUCGUUUGAUGGAAGCUUACAUUCAGCCCAACGGCUCGCGUGAGGUCAACCUACCCUCUCAGGUUCGCGAUCCUAUUCUGGGGCACAAGCCUGCAAACACACUCCCUCCGGAGCCUUCAGUGUUGGAGCCCGCUGUUUCCAAGACUUACGAGUUGAUGGAGGAGUCAGUCCUGGUGCCCUUCCUCAACAGUGUAUAUCCCCAAUCACCUACACCUGUCAGCCCCUACUACUCAAACAACUCGAAUGAGAGCAUGACGACGCCCGUCGAAGAGAAAUCGUCACGCUUCGGUCGCCGCAGCCGUCACUCGUCGAGAGGUAGUCCCCCUCCUCUCAGUGCCAGCUCUGUCGAAUUCUCCGCCUCGUCCUACUCACCUCCCUCACUCAACAACCGCAAGUCGGCUCCUUCGGCCCUCACUACUGCCCUUUCUCGUCACCGCUUCUCCACCAAGCUGAGCCCUACCAGCUCGGCUCCUUCUCACUCUCUGUCAGCUGCUCUCAGCACAACGAGUAGUGCAUCCGAUGCCAUCUACUCAGGACCUGGACUUACCGACGACUCUGGUAGCAGCGGGUCGCCGAUAAACGACUGCCCGAUGACUCCGCCCGUCACACCACCGAUGAGCGAUCUCAGCGGUAGCCCCAGAACGCACAGGGACAGUGGAGCCUGGAAGAAACUGGGCCGCUUGAGCGGUUGGAAGCCGUCACGAAAACGGAGCCAGCCAGGUUUCGACCUCCACACCACAUGA